CGGGAGCCCGGCGCUGGAGGAGCGGGGAGAUGUGAUAACCCUCCCCGGGAACGAGGCCAAGGGAGCCGGCCACGCUUCCCGGAGCGGGGAGGAAAUUCCUGAGGCUCUCCUCACCCGUCCUCCGUGGGCUGCGGGAGGCACCGCCCCGCUCGGGAAAGGAGGGGCUGCCCGGGCCACCCAGCGCUCCGCAGCCCUGACCCGCACCGAGCGGGGAGGCCGGCGCGACGCGGCCGCCGGGGGAACGUGCCUCCCCGCUUUCUGAGAGAGCUGCCGGGCUGCAGAAUUGUUACAAAUCAUGUUUUUAUGAGCAGUGUGACAUAAUGCUGAAGAGAACUGUUUAAGUUCAAGAUGCUUUGGCAGCUGCUUCUUUACCAAAACCUGCUGAGUGUCAGAUGGUUUGACACUUCUCCCUUCUUCAAGGGCAACGAAAGCAUUGGCCAGAAGAGGACUUAUGGUGAUAAUCUAGAUUUUGAGCCGAAGAAGAAGCAGUUUACUUAAGAUAUUUAUUUAGACUAUUUGAAAACUACCUGCAGAAAGAGAAUUUAUCUUUUCCCAAGAUUGUGUGCAGGAAAAGGGAGAUGAAUGAUGAAUCACUUCGUGUUUCUGGCAGUAUUGCUCCACUUGGGGACUUGGUGCACUGCAUACUCACAGCAAGAAUCCCUUGUGUUUCCAGUAACAUAUCUUAAUGUUCACAAGGAUUUGGCUCUUCAACGUCUGCUCGUGGAGUGGGAUGUUGGCAAGUCAGCGCACAAGGCUGGGCUGUUAAUGUCUUUCGAAAUACAAGUCCGUCGAGCAGAUGAAGCUAUUGUGUGGACAGCGUUUUUUAAUACCACGCUCGAUAAAUCAGGAAAGCCUUUUCAUUGGAUGUGGGAUUCAGACUUACCUUUGGAGUGUAUGUCACAUUCAGUGAGAAUCAGGAGCAAAGCGGAAGCAUCAAACAGCUGGAGUCAGUGGAGUCUGUGGAAGACUGUCCAGGGUCUGGAUACUUCAAACAUCAGUGAACCAAAAAUCUUUCCGGAUGAAAAAAUUAUAGAGGAAGGCUUUGACAUCAGUCUUUGUUGCGUUGGAAGGAAAGGUCAAAUCAUAAAGGAAUUUUUUUUAAAUUCACCUAUUCCUUACUUCAAUCGCACAAAUAGUCAAGUUGGACUUCUCAUUGCAAAGAAUGUGACAUUUCUGGGAGUGCCUCACGUCCUUUGUAGAGAGUCUUGCCAUGAAGACAAUUGCUUUGCGCAUGCAGUGUUCUUUGUUGGUAGACCACCUGAUGCACCUCAUGAUUUUUCCUGCCAAACUCAGAACAUGAGAGAAAUAACAUGUACCUGGGACCAAGGACGAGACACCUACCUUUAUGGAAGUCACUCAUCAAAAUACAAGUUGUCUGAACAGUUUUCCAAAUCUUCUGUUCCAUGCACGGUAAAUUGUUCUGAGAGGUGCUCAUGUUCUUGGGAUAUAGGGAAGCAGAGGAUCUAUAAUAUCACACUGACUGUUGAAAACCCACUGGGAAAGGGAACUGCCACGGAUGUUUUUGAUGUAGCUCACAGAAUUUAUCCCCUACCACCUUUCCAGCAGUGGGAAGAAUACACAGAUGCAGAAAUUGAGUUACACUGGGAACAAAAGGAAAAGGAAAUUGAACUCUUUUGUCAAGCUGAAGUGUGUCAACCUGAUGGGAAAGCAAAACUAUACAAUAGUUCAGACACACAACUAUAUCGUAACCGCAUCACCCUUGGUGGACUGCAGCCCUACACCAGUUACACAGCUAGAGUACGUUGUGGUGCAGCUCAGCAUUUCUGGAGAUGGAGCGAGUGGAGCAAAGCCCACACUUUCAGAACAAAGGAAAUAGCUCCAUCAGGGAAACUGGAUGUCUGGAGAAAAAUUACACCAGCUCUGUGGGGGCGGAACGUGACCUUGUUCUGGAAGCAAGAAGCAGAUUUUCAAGCGAAUGGGGAAAUUAUUUCAUAUGAAGUAACCUGGGAAAAACUAGUAGGCCGAUUUAAGCCUGAACACAUUUCUCUUUCAUCAGAUUGUAAUAGUACAAGGAUUUUCAUCGAUAAUCAUCCCUACAGAAUCAGUAUCACAGCAAAGAACAAUGUUGGUUAUUCACAUCCUUCAGUGUUGAUCAUCCCUGGAGCUACAGACACUGAAAAGAGGCUCAAUAAGUCAGAGCUUAAAGAAGAACAGGUUAAUGGCACAGACGGCGGCAUUUUGAUUUCCUGGAAGCCCAGAGAUAAAUCUGACAGUUACAUUAUUGAUUGGUGUAACUUUCCAAUCCUGCAGCCUUGUGAUUUACAAUGGAAGAGAUUUGGACCGAACACUUCCAGUGCUCUGAUCAAAUCAGCUGCUUUUGUUCCUGGGGUGAGAUACAAUUUCUGCAUCUAUGCGUCUGCUGCUAAUAGAGUCUCCUUACUGGAGAAGAAGACUGGUUAUCUCAAGGAGCUUCCUCCUCGAUUUGACCCUGAUGUGAAAAAAGUUGAACUGAGUUAUCAUGAAGUAACACUGUACUGGGAUCCUUAUCCCACGGAUGAGAUACUGCCUGGUUUCUUAAGAGGUUACCAUGUUUAUGUGUCACCUGUGCAAGAGGAUUGCAAUUUGAAAGGAUCCAAAAAACAUGUUCUUGCAGGUGGUUCAGUGGUAUGUAAGUUCACAAUUGAAAACCCAGAGGAAAAAACAUACACAGUGAAACACCUGACGUCAAACACGAAAUACAAGCUAGCCAUUAAAGCAUAUACGGGUGGAGGAGAAACUCCCAUUAUUAACUUCAGAUACAUAGAUACACCACAUGACUCAGACAUGCUGUACCUUCUAGUCCUGCUUGUGGUAGUUCCGUCACUAAUAAUGGCUGUGUGCCUCUGGAAGAUGAAGUGGGUGAAGGAUUGCUGUUGUCCUGUGAUACCUAGUCCUAACAAGAGCAAAGUGCUAUCAUUCAAAGAGUUUAAAAUUGGUACUGAGAAAGUACUAAAGCUAACUGACUGCAUUCCUGACAUCCUAGCACUGGAUAAUAAGGCUGAGGCCAGAAAAUUACCUCCACGGAGCCUGAUGUCUUCAACGCCAACAGAAGAUAAGAUUGAUGAUCAGAAUCUUUCCUCAGUUUAUCAUAACAAAAAUGAAGAGAGAAACUUUCCAUCCACACCUACACCUCAGACUUAUACUUGGUUUGAAAAUUUUGCUUAUUCUUCUCAACUUGCAGUUGAAACCAAUCCCUAUGAAACACCAGAGACACUAGAAACCAGCAAGGGAGAAGUGUCAGCAGUGCUGUACCAGCCACAGUACUACCUCAAUAUUCUGAAUGAUGCUUCCACCUCAUCACCUGGAGAAGCAGCUGUCAGGAAGAGCAAUCUGAGAUACAUAUCACAAACAGAUGUGCACUGCAUUGGAAGGAGGCUCUUUGACUGAGUGUGUCGAUUGGUUGUGUUUUAAAAUGCAAACACGAAUUUCUGAAGGCACAGUAACUUCUCUUUCUGAUACAGGCUUUCACAAGCCCAGAUGUCCCCCUCCUGUUAUCCCUGCAAAGCUGUACGUUGGUGACUAGUUCAAGGCUUUUGCAGUGAAAUGCUGCAUGCUAUCUUUUGAUCAGAAGUUACUGGCUUUAGAAUUUGCAGGCCAAUGUUUUGCAGCCUGUAACAUGCAGUGGGAACCAUCUUCCCAUCAGGGCAGCUGUUUGUGGAGGAGUUAGCAACACUCUCGUAGUGCCUUUUUUGGCAUUACUCCUUGCAAACUCCAGACAACUAUGUAAGCAGACACGAGUCAGAUGCAGUUAGCUAUAUUAAUCCCCUUUGCAAAGAAGAUGUUCAGGCUCUCUAUCAGCUAGAUCUUCAGAUACUGUUGUUUGCAUGUUAAAAAAAAUAAUCUUCCUCCAGCUAGCAAUGAAGGAAGGGCCUGCUGGCUGUCAUUUUGAAACUCACAAAGACAUUGAUUUUGUACUGGCACAUUUUAGCUUGCAGCAUUUGUAGACACAUGAAUUGAGCACUAUGACUUUGUGAUAACUGAGAAUUUGAACAGCAUACUGAGGUGAACUUGGUCAUCUUUGAUUUUCAAAAAUGUUUGUAAGGAAGCACAAAGAUUGUAUCCUUCAUUUUAAAAAAAGGCUUAUUUAAAGAAAACUUGGAAGGCUGACUAAAAUCAAGAGUAGGUAUCUAAGGAAUUCUCAUAUAGGACUCACUGAAAAAGUCAAGAUUGUCCCACAAACCACGUAUUAAUCACGUAUUAAUAUUUGAUGUGGUGCAGGUUCAUUAUGGCAGAGGGGGGGGCUCUGAUGAGGUGUUAUUUCAUACUUCUGAGCUGCUGUUGCUGGGGCUUGGCUGCAGCAGCUGAGCACAAAGUGGCAGGGAUACUACGGGUGGAGGUCAUGCAGCUGGUGCUGCCCUCCUGAUGGUGGGUGAGGUACUUGGGCCGCUCCGGAGCUCCCAUCUCAGCUCCAGCAAAGGCGUUUCACAUGGUCUUUCCAGUGAAAGCAUUCUGUCAUUUGGAAGCAAGAGAACAGCUUACGAGCAGGUACAGGCCUGCCUGGCAGCCUGAGAGGUUAGUUCUUCUGCCUGUCUGCAGGCCGAUAGUUUCACAAAACGCAGGAACAGACUGUUCCAAGGAGAACAAGGCUUUUGUGUAGGUGGAAGGGUAUAGCGAGGGCACUAGAAAAGUACUUCUCACACGGGGAUAGAGAGGCAUGUAAAUGCCUCUUUUUUUUUCCCCUUCCCUCUAAGACAUCUGUCUUGUAUUAAUAAUGGCUGAAUGAGUUCAAAACGGAAAGAUUUAUUUCUUGUUCAUAAUUCAGCUUUCACAUCUGCUGUUGAAAUGAUAACACUUGAAUUGUACAAACAUCACAUAGUGGAAAGUGACUAAUUCUCAGUAUCAGUACUAUAAAGUUUUAAAAUAAAAAUGGUGUAUAAAAUA